GAAUUUAUUACAAUAAUCUAUGUACUAGACAGUCCAGAUUAGUGAUUACGGCUGCAGCGAAACACGUUGAAAGAAUAUGAAUUUGAAAAUUUUAAAUACGACGGUGAAAUUUAUUAAGUUAAAUGUGAUAAUCGAAGACUUAGUAGUUUUUACUAUUUUCAUAGUUACUAGUAGUAGGUAACAUGGAUCGGAAAACACCGGAACUACGACCAGCGAUUAAUGAAUACUUCAAGGACCCAUCACCAUCAUCUAACUUGUUCGAUAAUAUAUCUUCUCACGCUACAGCUGAAAGUAAACGAGAAGAACCAGCAGUUUGUCGUAUAUUCCAACAAAUUGAAACAAAAAAAACUGAUAUAUUUGAUAUCAUCAAACCCCCAGAAAAUAAUCAUAAUAAUAGUCCAGCAUUUGAUGUCCAAGAACCUACAUUCUUAAAUACUGGAAAUGACAAUGUUGAUUUAAUGGAUAUAUUCAAUCACGAGUAUGAAUUAUCUUCAAUUCCAGCCGAAGAUGAAAGGCGUCGAUUUGCUUGGAUACCAUCUGUUAAAACAAAAAAUACUCUUGAAAAAGCUUCACAAAUGAAUCAUACAUUACCCAAAGAUAUGUUAACCAUGCCUGGUGUUGAAAAUGUUAAUUUUACAACUAAAUUAUAUGAAAAUCUAGUGUCAUAUCUUGGCGAAGCUGAGGCAGCUCCAUUUAAAAGUAAAAAUAUUGAAAAAGUUACACAAGAUGAACAAGGCUUGAAAUUGUUAAUUGAAGACAACAACUUUUCUGAAGCAUUAAACUUGACAACUCGAUUAUUAGGAAUGUAUGGUCAAGGUCCUGGCCAAAUGGGUUAUCCAAGUAAACAUACAAAAAGUUCACUUCAGUUAUGGUUUACAAGAUUUGCAUUGUUAGUGAAAAUUUGUGCAUGGAAAAUUAUUAGCAAGGAAGCAUUAGCCUGGGAUGAUUUAGAUCGUCCAGAUCUCUACAUGCAAUGGUAUAAGGAUCUAUAUGGUAAUAAAUACGGGACUCUUGUACCAUUUAGUUUUAGACUUAUACUUGCUGAGCUACCUCAGUAUGUGAUUUCAUCAACCAAUGUUUAUAAUAAACUAUUCGAAAUACUCGUCGGUGUUAAAAAAAUCAUAUCAAAUUUAGAUAAUGGCCUUACUGAAGAUGGUAGAAAUGUAGAGUUGACAAUUCAAGACCGAAACACUUCAAAAUUACUUUGGUACUCAAGAGAAGCUAAAGUUAUACAUUCAAUUAUUAACUGUGCUGUUAACCAAAAGGAUUUUAAGCUUGCAAUUAAAUUAUUAAAAGAUCUCAUUGAAACACCACGAUUAAAAUAUACAACUGAACACUCCCGGUCACUCUUAUCUGCAAUGGGUCGUAUUUGUUUACAAGUUGGCGAUCUCAAAGCUCAUGGAUACUUUCUAAAAUCAUCUCGACUGAAACCUCAAUUACAAGGAACAAUGGUAGAAAAUAAAGCUGAUUACCGUGAAUUAAUAGAUGCUGCUUUAUUAGCUAUCGCUCAAAAUAAUUACAAAGAGGCGUAUAAACAUUUUGAAAAUGCAUACUUAAUGGACUCAAAUAAAGUCAUGGCUUUAAAUAACAUGGCCACAUGUUUAUUUUAUGAAGGUCAAUUAAAUAAUGCAAUAACAUUGUUGGAAGAUGCUAUACAGAGAUUUCCAGAUUUGGCAUUAAAUGAGAGUUUAUUAUCCAAUAUAUGUUGUUUUUACCAGUUUCAAAAUUCUGCAUCUAAUAAACAGAGAUUACUCAAGUAUCAUAUUAUUUCAAAAUAUAAAAACAGUGUUACUGAUGUUAUUAAUUAAGUGUAAUUUUAUUUAUAUUUUUAAAAUAAUCUGUUAUUUAUUAUUAGUUUAUUAAUGUUAAUUAAAUGUUUUCUUUUUUUUAUGAUUUCAAAUUGACUCAUUUUUAUUUUAUUAUUACAUUUUCAUUUUGUAAAAAGAUAAUUUAUUCUUCGAAAUUAUUAUAUUAUAAUUAAUGGUAAGUAUAAAAACUGAAUAUUCAAGUUAUAAGAAUAUCUGGUUAUUAAAAUCUGGGUUUGAAUCAAAUUCUUAUCUGGAUUUAUAAAUUUGUUUUUAUUCUAUUGCCAAACACAAGAUAAUAAUGGCAGUCAAAAUGAGUCGAAAAUAAGAUAUAGGUAUUAUAUUUUCAAAAAUUUUUAGAAAUUACAUUUAUUAAAAUAUAAAAAUGGACCUACAUUACAAAUAUGGAAUACAAUUUCAGAAAUAAAAAUCUCUAUACUUUUAACUAAUUAAAAUUAUUUUAAUUGUUCUUCA